AUGAAGAGAUCGUUAGCAGAAGAGUUACUGAAGAUCAAGCCAGUGACGGAUUUCGAUAUAGAGAAUGAAGCCCCAGAGUCUGACGAAGAGAGGGUUGUUGAAGAAGGUGGUAAAGAUCAUUAUGUUGCGGUAGGUAAGUCUAAAUUGAGGACUGAGAUGCCAGCAUAUGGAGGAGCCAAGGUCAGUAGGAGUGAGUUGUUCGACAAGGAAGAUAGUUUCAGUGGUAGUGAAGGAAGCGACAGUGAAUUAAAUGUAAAUGAAGGAAGUGACAUCGAAGGAAGUGAUAGUGGAGCUGAUCUUAGUGACAGUGGAGCUGAUCUCAGUGAUAGUGAAGAAAGUGAUGAAGAAGAAACUAAUGGUAUUUUACAUAAAUCAGACUCCGGAUCUGAAGACUCAGAGGCUAACUCAGAAGCUGACUCAGAUGCCGAAGUUGACCGUUCCAAGCUCAAACAACUCAUGUCAAAAGAACGUCAGAGUAUCGGUAAGAGAAUCGCCCAAUCUGCCGUCAACGAUGCCUUAAAAGGUUACACUGUUUCCAAACAAAACAAGUUCUUCGACAGUUUGAUCGAAGUUAGAAUCAAAUUACAAAAAUCCUUGACCAACGCCAACUUAUUACCAGUGAACGGGGAUUUCGAUGUCGAAGAAGACUUAAAAUCUGAGGUGGAAGAUAAAUGUUUCCAAUUAUUAGAUAAUUUACUCACACUUAGAGCUCGUUUCUUGGAAACAGAACCAAAGGCCAUCAAGAAAAGAAAAUUAUCCAGCUAUAGUGAUGCUACACAAACCUUGGAUAACCAGUUGAACAAAGAGAGAUCAAUAAUAUUGAACAAAUGGUCUAACAAAGUCAAUAACUCAUCAGGAUCAAGUGCUUUGAAUGCUUCCAAGUUCAAACUUAUCAACCAAUCUGCCGAACAACAAGUACAAAACAAUUUAAAUGACAUGGAAAGAUUGAAAAAGAGAACUUUCUUAAAUAGAAGUUCUAUUACCCCAUUGGGAUAUGUCGCUGAACAAUCAGAAGAUGAAGAUGAAGAAGGUGAAGAAAGAGAAAAAUUGGCAAAGAAUGAAAUCAAACAAAUUUUCAAUGAUGAAGAUUUCUACCGUAUUCUUUUGAAUGAUUUAGUCGAUAAAAAGAUAUCUAACCCUACCUCAAACAUAACGUUAUUGAAAACCAAUCAAAAAGCUUUAAAGAACAACAAGAAUAUCGAUACUAAAGCUUCUAAAGGAAGAAAAUUGAAGUUUAGUGUUCAAGAACCUAUUUCCCACUUCGAGACUCCCGUUAAUACUAAAUGGGAUGAUUAUCAAAUAGAUGAAUUCUUUGCUUCAUUGUUGGGACAAAAGAUUAAUAUGGCUGAGGUAGAACUGGAAGAAGAUGAAGAAGAAGAGGCUGACGACGGGAUUAGAUUAUUUUCAUAG